AACAGAGAGGUUGGUUGGCCAGCGGCGCCAAAGUAGAUGAAACAGAUGCAAUAGCAAUAGAAAAGGCAGAGGCGACAACUCGGGACGGCCUCAGUGUGUGUGUGAAACAAACUUACCCGCCUGCUGAGAUACUACAAAGCUUGUUGGUACUUUUCAAAUCCAAAUGUCAGCUGUUUCACGCAACAUGUACUAUAAAAGCGGCACAGUGAAACGAAGAAAAAGAGCAAAUCGCUUAAGUCCAGGACAUCAGGAGAAAGAAGCACGCUGCUAGCAAUCACUGAGAAAGAGCAGCAGCAACAGCAACAAAGUCAAGAGAGCUGUAAAAUACAAACAAACAACAACAACAACACACACACACAAAAACACACCAAAAAGAAGAAGAAGAAGAAGCUGCAACAGGGACGACAACAACAACAACAACAACAAGUAACGGAUAAGUGUUGGAGAAGAGCUAUAUGCAACAGUCAGUAGUUACAAGAGAAGAAGCAGAAGAAGACGAAGAAGAAGAAGAAGAGGAAGACGACAACGACUCUGCACAACACACCCACAACUCUCAAUUACACAGAAAAUACCUACCUACGCUCUCCUCUCGCACGCUUGCUAGCUCGCUCACUCUUUCACUCACAAACUGCGGCUGCAUUGCGCUCACAUUGACUCUCUGACAGCGCAAGAAACGGUAGACCAAAGAGUGUUGAGAGCGCGAGUGUAGUGGGAGUCGGGCAUUGGCAGCCAUGACAAUCAUACUCUUCCUGGUGGACACCUCGUCGUCCAUGUGCCAGAAGGCGUAUGUGAAUGGUGUGCAAAAAACGUAUCUGGACAUAGCCAAAGGUGCCGUCGAGACGUUUCUUAAAUAUCGUCAACGUACCCAGGAUUGUCUCGGUGAUCGUUAUAUGCUGCUCACGUUUGAGGAGCCGCCGGCGAACGUGAAGGCCGGCUGGAAGGAGAAUCAUGCCACAUUUAUGAAUGAAUUGAAAAAUCUGCAAAGUCACGGUCUCACCUCAAUGGGCGAAUCGCUGCGCAACGCCUUCGAUCUGCUCAACCUGAAUCGGAUGCAGUCGGGCAUCGAUACAUACGGCCAGGGACGAUGCCCGUUCUAUCUGGAGCCCUCGGUCAUUAUUGUGAUCACAGAUGGCGGUCGCUAUUCGUAUCGCAACGGUGUCCAUCAGGAGAUCAUAUUGCCGCUAAGCAAUCAAAUACCGGGCACCAAAUUCACCAAAGAGCCCUUCCGCUGGGAUCAGCGCCUCUUCUCGCUCGUCUUGCGCAUGCCGGGCAACAAGAUCGAUGAACGUGUCGACGGCAAGGUGCCACACGAUGAUUCGCCCAUUGAGCGCAUGUGCGAGGUAACCGGCGGCCGAUCCUAUCGCGUCCGCAGCCACUAUGUGCUCAAUCAGUGCAUCGAGAGUCUGGUGCAGAAGGUUCAGCCCGGUGUUGUGCUGCAAUUCGAGCCCAUGCUGCCAAAGGAGUCGAGCGGUGGCAAUGCCAGCAACAACAGCAGCAACAGCAGCAGCAGCAACACUGGCACAUCCACGUCGUCGAAUGAGCCGGCGCCGGACAUUGUCUUCCAGCCGAUCAAGAAGAUGAUCUAUGUGCAAAAGCAUAUCACACAAAAGACUUUUCCCAUCGGCUAUUGGCCGCUGCCGGAGCCCUAUUGGCCGGACUCGAAGGCGAUCACAUUGCCGCCACGUGAUGCCCAUCCAAAGCUAAAGAUAUUGACGCCCGCCGUCGAUGAGCCGCAGCUGGUGCGCAGCUUUCCCGUGGACAAAUACGAGAUCGAGGGCUGCCCGCUGACGCUGCAGAUACUCAAUAAGCGGGAGAUGAACAAAUGCUGGCAGGUGAUCGUCACGAAUGGCAUGCACGGAUUCGAGCUGCCCUUUGGCUAUCUGAAGGCAUCGCCGAACUUUACGCAGGUGCAUCUGUACGUGCUGGCCUACAACUAUCCGGCGCUGUUGCCGCUGCUGCACGACCUCAUCCACAAGUACAACAUGAGUCCGCCCAACGAUCUCAUGUACAAGUUCAAUGCCUAUGUGCGCUCCAUACCGCCGUAUUAUUGUCCGUUUUUGCGCAAGGCUUUGGUCAACAUCAAUGUGCCGUACCAGCUGUUGCAGUUCCUGCUGCCGGAGAAUGUGGACAACUAUUUGUCGCCGACAAUAGCCAAUCAGCUGAAGCACAUCAAGAACACGGCCAAACAGGAUCAGGAGAAUCUCUGCCUGAAGGUCUACAAGCAGCUGAAACAGCCAAAGCCGCCCUAUCGCCAGGUCGAGACGGCCAAACUGUGCACGGGCGCUGCACUGCGUCGUGAUCUGGUGCGGCAUCCGUUGCUGCGCGACACGUUCGCCAAGCUGCAUGCCGAAAUUGAGCCCGUGGAGAACUAUACGAUCGUUGUGCCCCAACUGACGCAUCAGUCGUCGGCGAAAACGUAUCGCAAUCCGUUCGAUAUACCGCGACGGGAUCUGGUCGAUGAGAUUGCUCGCAUGCGUGAGACAUUUCUGCGACCCGCCAGCCUGGUGGCCAAGGAUUCUGGACAUUGUUUGCCCAUUGCCGAGAUGGGCAACUAUCAGGAGUAUCUGAAGAACAAGGACAAUCCGUUGCGCGAAAUUGAGCCAACAAAUGUACGCCAGCACAUGUUCGGCAAUCCGUACAAGAAGGACAAGCACAUGGUCAUGGUCGACGAGGCCGAUCUUAGCGAUGUGGCGCCCAUGAAGCAGACCAGCUCCAAUGGCGGCAACAACGGCAACUCGCCCACGUCCAGCGGCGGUGGCGGCGGCGGCAGUGGCGGCUCCGGCAACUCUGGCGUCGGAGGCAUGGGUCCAGGUGGCGGCAUAUCCGGCCUAAUGCUGGGCGGCGGCAACGGCAACAACGUCGGCGGCGGCGGCGGCGGCAGCAGCAGCAGCAAUAGCAUUGGCCUGGGCGGGCCCAUGGGCGGCUUCGGCUCCAAGAAACUGGAGAGCACAACGCGCGGCCGCAAACGGAAGGCGGGUCCUUUGCCGCGCGCCUUCGAAUUCCGGCGCAUGUCCAUGGACUCGUUGCGCAGCGGCAGCGCCAGCCCUAGCUCGACGGGCAGCGGCAGCGGCAGCAGCGUCUCCGAGCUGUUGCUCGACGAGGACAGCAACAGCAGCUAUGCCUCCGAGGCGUCCAUCAGCAGCAGCAACAGCAACAGCAGCAUCAGCAGCAAUGACGUGAGCAACAUUGAUGCCGGCAACAUUGAGGCCGGCAACAAUGACUCCGGCUUAUCGCUGGGUCCGCAUACGCCGGAGCGCAUGAGCUUCGAUUUCAGCGAGGAGGAGACCGGCGAGCAGGAGAUGCCGCUCAACGGUUAUGUGCACAACUUCAUCAACGGCAUAAGCGACGAGGAGCGCGCCAACGAAGCGGACAACAGCAGCAGCAGCAGCAGCAGCAAUCUUAACAGUAACAGCAGCAGCAGCAACAGCAAUGUUAACAGUAACAGCAGCACCAGCAGCAGCAGCCUGACUGCAAUAGCUGCCGUCAGCAAUGGCGCGCCUGAGCCGAGCAGCAGCAGCAGCAGCAGCAGCAUCAUAAGCUAUGCCAGCAAUCACAGCAGCAGCAACAGCGCCUGCAACAGCAGCAGCGGCGUAUUUUAUGUGCCGCUGAACGGGCUAACUAUGCAGCAUCAUCCGGCGUACAGCAGCAAUGUGGGCGCCACGCAUGUGCCCCUCGACAAUGCGCUGAACAUGCUGGAGGCGACAACAGCAAUGCAUAAGGUUGGUGCCGGCGCAACAGCAAUGCCGCCGCUGUUGCUGGUGGCCAAUGGAUAUACGAGUCAGCAUGCGGCGAUGCUGUCGCCGCCGGCCGUAACCGCAGCAGCUGCGGCGACAGCGCCGGCAACAACAACAACAACAACAACAGCAGCAGCAGCAGCAGCAACGAGCAACAGCAGCAGUAGCAGCAGCUCAACAGCAGCAACACCUACCUAUUAUAGUCAUAAUGAUAUCAAUGAUGCCUCCGAGAUCUCGCGCAUAUUGCAAACUUGCCACAACGGCAACAGCAGCAGCAACCACAGCAGCAGCAGCAGCAGCAGCAGCGGAGGCAGCAGUAACAGCAGCAACAAUAACAGCGGCAGCGGCAGCAACACUUUAAAUGGCAAUGCCAGCGAGGGCAAUGGCCAUGAUCCCGACAUGGACAAUCUGGCUGUGAAUUGUUUUGAUGCACUGAAGCGCACAGCUGGCGGCAGCAGCGCAACAACCGCCAGCAAUCCGCAUUUCUACUGGGGCAGCGGUCUCAGCCACUACAACAGCAACAUCAACAGCAGCAGCACCGGCAGCAGCAACAACAGCUUUCACAAUAGAAGCUACGGCAACAGCAGCCCCAAGCUGGAGCCAAAAGCAUCGCCGACGCACGUCAGCAGCAGCAGCAGCAACAGCAACAGCAACAUUAACAGCAGCAGCAGCAGCAACAUUAACAGCAACAAUAACAACAACAACAACAACAACAACAACAACAGCAACAACAACAACAACGAUAACGAUAACGAUAAUGUUAUCGAUAACGGUGAGAUCGCGAGCUCGCCGGAACGCAUCCUGCUCAGCGAGGAUCAGCGGGAAGCGGCGCGCAAACAUAAUGUAGAUUUGCGUUUGCAAAUCUUUCGUGAUAUACGACGACCAGGUCGCGAUUACAGCCAACUGUUGGAGCAUUUGAAUUUGAUGAAGGGCGACCAGGAGAUGAAGUCCGAUUUCAUAGACAUGUGCAUCAGCGAAUCGAUGCGCUUCCGGCGACACCAAAUGGUCAACAGCAUACAGGAAUGGUGGGAGCGGAAUCAGCAGCAGCUCGAGAUAACAAAGAGUUAACGUUGGCUGCUAUGGAACUGAGCGUGCAACAA